AUGGAGGAAGAUAAAUAUCAACUCGUUUUACACAAUGAUGAUUUAGAGAGGAUGGUAUUAUAUGACCCAAAUAGUAAAUCAUUAUUAGUCAGAAAUUCAACAGAUAUGUUAAGACAAAAGAGUAAACAAUUAGUACUUCAACAACAGAUUGAAUCACCUUAUUCUCCAAUGCCAUCUUUAAGAUCACCAUCUAUACCGACAACACCUACAUUAGUUGGUGGUUUAAGUAGUCAAUCUCACAAUAAUAAUCAUCCUUCAACUUUACAUAUAAUGUGUCCAUAUUGUAAACGUUCAUAUAAUAAUAAUAAUAACAAUAAUAUUAACAACAAUAUUAGUACUAAUAACAAUAAUAUCAAUAAUAACAGUAGUAAUAAUUUAAAUAAUUUAAAUAAUAAUAUAAAUAAUAUAAAUAAUGGUAUUUUUAAUAAUAAUAACAACAAUAAUAGUAAUAGUAAUAAUAAUAAUAUCAGUGGUGGUAAUAAUAAUACAAUGGAUAUUAAUGGAAAUAGUAUUGUUAGUGGUGUAAUUGCACCAUUUAAUCCAUCACCAUAUUAUCGUUCACCAAUUUCAGAACCACCAUUCAUAUCAAGAGAUUAUUUCUUAUUACUUCAAGAUUCUUCAAAGAGUGGUGUUAAUAAUAAUAAUAAUAAUAAUAAUAAUGAUUCUACAACAACAAAUAAUAAUAAUAAUAAUAAUACAACACCACCACAACAACAACAACAACAAAAUAGUAGUGGAUUAAAUAGUGAAUUUUUAAAUAUUGGAUAUUAUAAAAAAUUCUUUAAAGAAGAUAUAAAGAUUGGAUCAGGUGGUUUUGGAUCAGUUUAUCUUUGUAGACAUUUAAUUAAUGGUGUUGAUUUAGGAGAAUUUGCAGUUAAAAAAGUACCAGUUGGUGAGAAUCUUCCAUGGUUAUUUAGAGUUUUAAGAGAGGUUAAAGCAUUGGAAACCCUAACAAAACAUAGAAACAUUAUCAAUUAUAAACAUUCUUGGUUAGAAUAUGAUCAACCUGCUGAUUUUGGUCCAAAAGUACCUUGUUUAUACAUUUUAAUGGAAUAUGCAAAUAAUGGAAAUCUUCAAGAUUAUAUGGCUGAAAAAAGAGAUUUAAUACCUGAAAAUGAAAUUUGGAGUUUUUUUAUUGAUUUGUGUCAUGGUAUUGGUUAUUUACAUCAUUCAGGUAUAAUUCAUAGAGAUAUUAAACCACCAAAUAUUUUAAUUCAUCAAAGUUAUGAUUCAAUAACAGAUAGAGAAGUAACACAUUUAAUGAUUAGUGAUUUUGGUACAUGUGAUACUAUUGGCCCAUUGGAAUCAUUGGCACCACCACUAUAUAAGAAUAAUAUAAAGAGAACUGGUAAUACGGGUACAAUUGAGUAUUUAGCACCUGAACUAUUACAAAAGGGUGUCAAUGGUGAAUAUAAUAGUGAUUAUGAUGAAAAAUGUGAUAUUUGGUCAUUGGGUAUCCUAUUGUAUCAAAUGGCCUAUGGAACAUUACCAUAUCGUUACUCUGGUGACCCAUUCAUUGAUGAAGAUCCAAAUAGAAAUUUACCAUCGCUAAUUGAUGAGAUUGCAGGUUUCUCUAACAAUAGAUUAAUAUUCCCACAAAUUCCACAACGUUCACGUGAUCUAAAAGAUAUGAUCACAAUUUUAUUACGUGCAAAACCUCAUGAACGUCCAACCAUUUCACAAAUUCUCUCUACUCAUUUCAUUCAAUCAAAAACUAAACAUUAUACAAUAAAUCCAAUUCAUUUACCAUUUACAAAGAGAAAUAAAUUUAAAAAUACUUCAGUACAUAAUACAACUGCAUCAACUAUUAAAUUACGUAGAAAAGGUUCAAUUAGUACAACUAAUUCAACAACAUCAUCAUCAUCAUCAACAGCAACAUCAUCGUCGUUAUCAUCAACCACAAUAGCAACAACAUCAUCAUCAAAUGCUAUUAAUAAUACUACAGCAACAACAACUACUAAUUCAAAUUUGGGUAAUAAUAAUAAUAAUAAUACAAAUGCUUUAAUUAGUAGUAGAAUUAGUCCAAUUAGAAAAACUCAACUUGUUGAGGAGAAUUCAGAAGAUUCUUCAAAUGAAAUUGCAAAUAUUAAUCCAAAUAGGUCAUUAAUUCAACCAAUAGUUUUAUCAGAUACUGAUAAUGAUGAUAUUAUAAUUGAUGAUGAUGAUGAUGAUGACGACUCAACAAAUAAUAAUGAUACAAACAAUACUGAUAAUACUGAUGACGAGAUGAAUAGUGGUGAUGUUGUUGGUAUUGUAAAUAAUAAAAAAUCAUCAUAUAGUAGAUCAUCAUCAAUUAGAUCACCUUCAUCUUCAAAUAAAUUAAGACAAAGAACCAUUUCAAAUAGUGGUGGUAAUAAUGGUAUAAGGAAAGCAUUACCAUCUUUAGAAGCACCAAGAAGUGGUAGAUUUAAAAGAGCAGCAAUAGUAAUUCAAAGAGGUGUUAGAUCAUCAGCAGUUUAUCAAGCAUUCUAUAUGUUACAGGCUUUAUUUCAAGUUUGGUUAUGUUUUGAUCAAUGUUCGACUUGUCCAAAUACUUUUCCUAGUCCGAUUUUAUUAUAUCCUUUAUUAUUAUUAUCUUUAAUUCCAAUUUUAGUUGUAAAUAAUAAUAAUAAUAGCAACAAUAUGAAUAACAAUAAUAACAACAAUAAUAUAAACAGUAAUGGCCAAUUAGCACAUCUUAAUGGUAGUGGUGGUGGUGGGAUUAUCAAUAAUGGAAAUAGAGAUACAAAGAAAAUUAAUACAAUAAUAUCAAUAAUUAGAUUUAUUUAUUAUUUUGUUAUUUCAGUUUUAUUACCAAAAGAAAUUAGUUGCAAAUCAACGUCACACAUCAUCCCAAUUUUACCACCAAUCGCUGAUUAUGUCGUUUUCCCAUUAUUAUCACUUUUCAAGAAUCUUACUCUAUUAAUUAUAAAUUUGAUUUUCAUAUUUUAUAGAGAUUAA